AUCUAAAACGAUUGUUUCCUAAUUACAACAAGCUGACAUCUGCUGUUCGAUAUCGUUGCCGCAGCUCUUAGCCGUAUUGCUGUACGCGGUUGGUACUCUGAAAACAUAUAAAUGUAUGUUUGAAAUGUUGCUUCGGUAGCGGCUAUUUCUUCCACUCUGACCACCACAGGUGUAAGCGAGAUAACAAUAGUGUCACGGGCUUAAUGGUCACGCAGCUAACAGCUGCGCCGCGUAUUUAUUCAGUUCGUAAAUUUAUUUGUUGUGUGCUGGUGCGUUGUAAAAAUGGAGGCCUCUGAAGCGAUUCACGGUAGCUCUAGUAACCAAGGAAAAAUAUAUUCUACCAAGGCUUCAGAUACCGGUGUAAUUGUGAAAAUAAAUUCAAUGAAAUUGAUACGAUUGGUUCGUGGUCAUGAAGUAUUGUACAACAGCUUAGCGGACGGCUAUAAUGACAAAAGUCACAAAGAGAUAAUUUGGGAACGCAUUUACAGAGCAUUAUUCCCUUUUUACGAUUCAUACAAACCACACCAUCAAGACUGCAUACGCACGAAUGUACGCCGACGUUGGAAAACUCUUCGAGACUCAAUUUCACGCGAGGUCAAAAAGAAUGCUACACUUGAAAACUAUUCCAGGAAAAAAGAGAGUCCGAUUAUUGCUGAACUUGAGUUUUUGAUACCUCACAUCAAAAGCUCACAUUGUGCGAAAUUAGCUGAUGAGAUGGGAUUACGGGAAUGUUACACCAGCACAAUGAUGGUUGAGCAGGAGACACAAGAUGAAGAUAGUCUAAACGACUUGAUUGACUUAACUGAAGAAUGUGAUAUUAAGCCAUUUAUUAAACAAGAUGGUUUCCAGUACGAUGAUAUGGACACGUCUGACGGAGCAUUUUCGCAGGAAACAUUUUCCCCACUUGUAAAUAGCAGUGUUGGGAACCAUUUCACCAAUGGCAUUGAGGUGGUACCAGCCACCGAAAAUGACGAAUCUAUUCAUUCGUCAUGGAACAAAGAGUUUUGUACGCUUGCGCAGUUCAAAGGCGGUGAAUUUAUUAAUCCUGUUGACUUGUGUACGGAACAGGAAAAUGGAGAGAAUUUAGAGGCUAGUGAUAAGGAGGCUAAAGAAAUGGAAAAAUCAGUAACAUUACCUGUAAAUGAUAUAGCUACAGAUGAACCCAUUAGUAAGCGGGCACGGCACGAAUCGGAAGAUUCAUCCAAAGAAUUACAAGCCAAAAUACUGCAAUUGUUGAGUAGUUUAGAGCAUCGCGAACGUAGCGAUUACGAAACGCAAGACGAGGACCGUAUGUUUUUAUUAUCGCUGGUUUCUGAUUUAAAACGGGUGCCAGCGGCAAAAAAAAUGAUGGUGAAAAUGGAAAUAGUGACGGCUAUCGCAAGAGCUAAUCAAAGCCAAUGAAUCACACGAUUUUACAGUUUAUUUAAUAUAACGCGUGUUCAUCCUCAAUUAAUGUUUUAUUAAAUAGUUUUGGUGUUCAUAUCGUUUUAGAAAAUUAGUUUAGGUAUAUAGCGUUACCUUUCUCAAUUCGAGCUGUUUCGAAAAACUCAGAAAAAAUGGUUGCACCAAACGGUUACAUAUAAUAUAUUAUAAGUGAAGUCAACUGACCAUUUAGUCCCUUAAGACAGUAUAAACUCUACAAGUCUUGCCUUUACAAAAUUUUGAAAAUUUUAUUGAAAUGAAAUUGUUGAAAUAAUUUAGGGUUUAAAUAAUAAUAAAUAUGUAUUAAAAAAGUUAUGUCAUACAAUUACGCAUAUUUGAAAUAUUCUUUGUAUUGUGAAUCAAAACUUUAAUUGGCAAAAACACAGCGCAUUUCAAUUUGAAGACGUUUUUUGCAACUGCUAACUUGAGAGACUAACUGUCAUAUUCCGACUUUUGCACUGCAAAAUAAGAUUUUAACCAAAAAUUUACGCAAAACACAUUUUAAAUUCUAAAUGAAAAUGCCAAAACACAUGCAGGCCAACAUUCCGAAGAAGCCUAUGCUAUCAUUUCUGUGUAUUGGAAAUGAUCAGACCCUUAUGUUUAAGAUAUGUGACAAAUAUCCCGUUAAGUUUUAUUUAUAGUUUACUGUGUUUAUUUGAAAAAUAUUAAAUGACAAAAUGUAA